AUGGCUCGUGAUGUGAAAGAAGUCAAUAUUGCAAAUCCUAGUUGUGUGAAGUGGAAUCCGCUUCAGGAAGGUUGGCUUAAGUGCAAUGUGGAUGUGGGUUUCAAUAACCAAAUAAAGACAACUAAUAGGGGCUGGUGUGUGAGGGAUAAUGUUGGGAGAUUCAUAUCAGCAGGAGUGGCUUGGGAUACUGGAAUUAUGUCUACGGUAGAGGCGGAAGCUUUGGCCUUGAAAGAGGCAAUUCAGUGCGCUAUUACUAGAAACAUGAAUUUUGUGAUCUUUGAAAGUGACUCCCAGGUGGUGGUUAAUGUUGUUCUAUCUACUCAUGUUGGUUGUUCUGAAUUUAGUUGUAUUAUUUCUUCUAUUAAGCAGUUACUUCCUCUUAUUCAAAACUUUGAGGUAAAGUUUAUUAAAUGCCAAGCAAAUAUGGUUGCCCACUCGUUACCGAAGGCGGCCAAUUCUUGGUCUAGGCGUAGUGUUAUUAAUGUUAUUCCUCCUUGUAUCGAAUCUCUUUUGAUCAAUGAAAGAAGUUAA